AUGACAAACUGUGUCCCGACGAACUCUCUGAAAGUUUUCGAUCCAAACUGGAAGAAAGCAAAAAUCCAAGGGAUAGAGAAGCCGAGCAUACCUGCCGUGGCCACUCAGAACAACAGGCUCAACUUUCUGAAUACCCUCGGUUACUUCUGCGAAACGGUCGACCAUCUUCCCAUUCCGACGUUUGUCGUGAUUCCCGUUGUAAGAGCAGUCCACGGUUACACCUGCAACUGGACCAAUGCCUUUCGGGCCGGAAAGAAUGUUGUAAUUGCGACUUCAGCUAUAACCGUUGCUAUUGUGUAUUUGCCUCCUUUCAGUAUCACGGGAAACAGCGGUCUAGAAUCUCAUUAUGUGCAAAUGAGCAAACGUAAGCAGCAUUGGAAUCCAGUUUCGGCAAGAAAAGACGUCUCUCUCCCUUUCUCUCCCCGUCUCGCCGAGCACUUAGCGAGCUGCUCCGGCGGCGAUAGGAGGAAGGGACUCUUGGGAGCAGAGGAGAGAAAUCAUCCGCUGCAAGGUUUGCAACUCUACUCAUCCUACUGUUACGCAAGCAAUGGUCGCGGCAACGCGGGCCAGCGGGAGCGGCGAGCCAAACUGCGGAGAGACAACUGCGGAGACAACAACGAACGAGAAGGCAAUGUUGUCAAAGACUUCGCGGGCAUCAAGCAGAGGCGCAACGCGUAUAUCGCAACAUGGGAGGGUCUAGAACGAGGUCCUGUAGCAGAGUUGCUUGUUCGUCUUCGCCGCCGCCGCCGCCGCGACGGAAAGCCGGGAAACAUGGAGCCAGUGUUAGACGACGUCCGCACGAUUAAGCGGCGUUGUGGGCUGACCAAGGAGCGGGAGGCGCCUACAGUCCUGCAGCAGGAAUCGUCUCAAGUCCCUGAUGUCACCCUGCGCUCCUCGAGUCCUGAUUGCUUGCUGCGCGCUAUAUUCGUAUGGAGUCAGGUCUCCAAGUGGGCUGGUAAAGAGGCCGUUUCUGCAGGACCACGAAAAUCCGGGACCGCGCAUACAAGCCCGUCCCCAGAGAGAAAGAGAGAGGCCUUUGCCACCAUCUGCCCCCGCGGUUGCAUCGGUGUAUGCGACCCGCGGCGAAUGGGCGAUCUAAGCUCAGAGAGGCUGAGAUACGCGUUCUGCUUGUUUGAAGAGGCGCAAGUACCUGCUUCGCGUUGCAUUUUGUACACGCAAGAGUGCUGUGCCACCGAUUUCCUCCGCCGGAGCAGAAGGUCUGUAAUUACGGUAGUUACGAUGGAGGUCAUGAUGGUGGUGGUUGCCAUCGACGAUGUCAUAUCAAAUAUACCUCCCCCUUUUUCCCCCUUAGAUAAUGCCGCCGCUUGCCUUAUAAGGAAACAUCGGCUGAUGAUGGGUAGAAACAUAGUUUCAGGCGGGCCGCAACUUGAGAUUUCUCCUGUUUCCUUCUCUCCGGCGUCAGCCGAUAGGACCUCGGCCUGGCUCAGCCGACCGGGGAAGGGGGGGUGCUGCGGCGGCGGCGGAAGGGGAAGGACGGCAUUGAUCUGGAUGGGCUACCUGGCGUUUGAUGUCUCGAUUUUCGGCAAGAUCGUAAGAUGGAAUAUGGCCUUAGGACUCCAAUGUUGGCGGGGAACGCGGGAAUUACUUGCGGCUCGCGAGGUGCAAUUUGGACGUCUGUUCAAACUUCAACGUCCCAUCGACGCCAGGUUUUUGCUUCGGUUCAAGUUUGUGACUGAAUCCAGCAGUGAUGCAACCGCAGAGGGCCUAUGGUAUGUCUUUACGCAACUUAUUCUCAGUGCGGGCUCGAUAGUGAAGUGGUUCCAGACGGGGAAGAGAUCCACUGGCUUAUGUCACCCUAAUUGGGUGGAGAAGGAGGCUACUUCGAGGGUUGAAAAUGAGGUACCUCAGACUCCAGAACUCCAGGACCAGGAAGCAGGAUACCUACCUACUGGACACUUUACUCCAGAGGCUCUGACGGAGCGCGAGAUGGUCGCGAGAGUGGAAUGCGACCGGGGGAAAACACCUUACUCGAGUUUACCACAAAAUCUCAAAAGUCACUUCUUCUCCAGAAAUACUUGUGUAGGCUCUGUGCCUGACCCUGCCACCAUGCCCGCUGAGGGCCGUUUUGCUUGGCAUCUCUUCUGCUGCAAAUACUUUACCUUUCCAAUAGCACCGAGUCCAAGGGCCGAUAGGAGACCCGUAGAAACCCAGCUCUCCAGCCUGUGUGCAUCUCUAUUGACCCUGAAUAUCAAUGAUACGGCGGAUAGGCACCGUAACCUCCCCCUGAAGGCCAGCGCUCAUGGGAACCUGGCAGCGCUUGGCGCGCAGCUGAGCUCUGCAGAGGGUACAAAAUUACCUCGACGAGCUUUGAGAGACCAGUGUGUCCGCGGACUGCAGAGCCCGGCGCUGCAGAGCGUGGGCGGGAGAAAAAGAUUCCCCCACGAAAACCCGUCACUCCUCCCCAGCAAAAAUAAGUAUCCUGAAUCUCAGAGUGGAAAGUCGCGCUCCCCGAUGAGUAAGCCAAUGGCUCCCUCCACCUCACCUUCUCACCUCAGCCAUCAUGAUCUCACACACUACUCCCUAGCCGGCCAGCUCCAUCUCAUUCCGCACUCCCAAACUCACUCUGGGUCUCCUUGCGACUUCCCAAAGGGCGCUACCGCACCGCAGCCACUGCGGCUCAACCAAACAUGUGGGCCCCACGAUGCCCAGGUCGGGGUCGGGGCCCCGGACGAGCCACGGCCUAUUAUCCCCAUCUCUGCCCCUGAGCCCUGGAAGUGUCUCUGA